AUGACGACCCCAACAUACAAGGGCAAGAACAAGAUUCCUCCCUCUACGGGACCCAUCUUGACCCGACUCCACAUCAGUGGCUUGGCGCCGUCCGUGCAGGCCAAGGACAUUGUCGAUCGAUUCGCUACGUUCGGGCAGGUCGAGGGCGGCGUCGAGGGUGUAGAUGGGUUGAAGGUCGAUGCUAACGGUAGGCUGGAGUGUGGAGAUUAGUUUCGAUGACUUGAUUUGAGUGGAGCUGAUGAUGGGUUUGGGUGUCGAACAGGUGAUCGCAAGGGUUACGCUUUCGUCAACUUGCACACGACGACCCAUCAGCUCAACAAGUGUACGCACAUACGGCUUGUCAUGCGUGUUGAGUCUUGGUCUGACCUCUCAUCAUCUCCUCCGCAGGCAUCUCAUUGCUUUCGGGCUCAGUUUGGAAAGGUCACAAGCUGCGCAUCGCACCCGCCAAAGCCGACUACACAAAGAGGUAACUCCACCACCCUCGCCCAUCUCGACUCAGAUUCCAAUCUUACUAACACUCUCCUCUUUUCCCUCUAAUCAGACUCGAAUCCGAACGAGCCAUCGCAGCCGACGUUGCAGCAGGCCUAAUCCCGGACCCUUACCUCAAGAAGAAGAAGAAGCGUCGCAACCCCGACCCCAACGUCGGAUUUGAAGCGACCCACUUCGAAUUGGUCAGCCCUGAGAAUAUUGAUCAGCAUAGGGUAGGCAACGGCUCAUAUCAUAAAGAGGUGGAUCUAACGGCGAUGCUGACUCCAACCAUAUGUUGUCCGUACCAGGGCUGGACCCUCGACACGACCAUUCCCUCCGCGCCCAUCGCCCUCUUUCCCCUCAUCGUUCGUCCCUCGCACCCGAUCUUCCCCCCUGCGAAACCCGCCCCGACCUCCUGGACGCGCGAAACGCCCAAAGCGCGCCAAGCGCGCCAAGCACGUGAAUCGCGCAUCAAAGCUGCGCUCGAAAGGCCCGUGUUGAGAUCCAAGAGGAUGAGGAUCGAUCCUCGGAAAUGGGGGAGACGAAGGGUCGUCUUCGAUCGCGAUCAGGAAGAAGGGGAAGGGGUUGGGGUUGGGGUUGGGAAGGCGGUUAUGAGGGGUUAUUGGGAGUGUGAGGAGGUGGAAGGGAGGAGCAUGGGAGAGGAGGUGGCGUGGGUCUAUAAGGCGCCUGAUGGGACGGUGAGAAGGAGGGAAGUGAUUAGUUUGGGCGCGGCGAGGUUUGGGGAGAGGACAGAUCGGUUCACGGCGCUUUUGGAGGGGUUGAAUAGGCCUGAAGGUGGGGCGAAGGUUGAGACUGUUCAUGAGGAGGACAAGGAGGUCCAAGAGGAUGAUGACUCGAACCCAGAGCCAAACGAUGAGGAUGACCUCGCCGGAUCGCCCGAAAGGCCGACGAAGAGGCUCAAAUCGCUCUCUCCACCACCUUACGUCCCCGUCGCACCUCGAUCCUUGCUCUACAACGAGGAAGAUGCCUUCGCGCUACUGUCGACUACGAGGGAAGAGGCCGAGUUAACAGAGGCAAGGAGGCUGGAGAAGGAGGCGCAGUUGAAGGUCUUGAUGAGGUUGGUCGAGGUCGAGCAGGAGAUGGAUAGCAAGCACGAGGAUAGGGAGAAGGCGGAGGUCCAGGGGAUAGAAGGGAGGAAGCUGCCGAAGGUCGAGGGCUUCGCGAAUGAUGAUGAUGAUGAUUGGGGUGAGGUGCUGCGUUUGAGAGGCGGGGCAAAGACUUCGUCGGAUGAAGAGGAAGACUCGAGCGACGACGACACGAGCGAUGAUGAGGACGAGGAUGAGAGCAGUGGCGAGGAAGAAGAAGAUGUGGCUGCUCCUGUGGCUUCGACGUCAACUAAGCCGGCGGCAGAGGAGACGAGCACCUUGAAGCGUGGGAUGCUCAAGGAAAUGUUCAAGCCCAAAGCAGCUGAAGGUACGUUGAGUUACAACUAAUCGAUCCCCAUCCCGCGGGUACUGAUCACCUUUGGCGGAAUCGCACAGCCUCCUUCUCCAUGCUCGACGGCCUCGAUCUCGAGCUCGAAGAAUUGGAACGCACACCAUCCCCACCGCCCCAGUCGCACUUCAACGCCGGAAUGUCCAUAUCUUCAGCCCCUUACCAACACCGCAACACCUUCAUCGCCCCUCCAGCCUUGGGGCGAUCCAGCCGCGCAUGGGUAGGAACGGCCCCUACGACCCCUUUCUUCCCCUUCCCCAGCGGGGCUUUCGAAGUUCGUGGGACGGGGGAGAUCAAUGAGGAUGAGGUCAAGAAGAUGGGUAUGACGAUGGAAAAGGCCGAGGAGUUGAAGAGGGAGAGUGAGCGAAAUUUGGCGGAGGGGGUGAACAAGUUUUGGGCUUAUGAAUCGCCGUAAGAGUCCCCCAUGGCCUUGUCUCGUCAUUGUGGGGACGAGAAACUGAGUCAUCGGCCCUUUUCGUGACACAGUGAGGAGUUUGAGAAGCUCCAUCAAGAGUUGAGGGACAAGUUGCGCGGGCAUGCGCGCAAGAGGCAUCGCGAGGCGGUCAAGAAGCAGAGCAAGUCGGGUAAGAAAGGGGCGACGACGAUUUUGUAG